AUGUCAUUCGAGGGUGCCAGGCUCAGCAUGCGGAACCGGAGGAAUGGCACCAUGGACAGCACUCGGACCCUGUAUUCCAGUGCCUCCCGGAGCACCAACGUGUCCUACAAUGACAGCGAUCUGGCGAAUUUUAUUCAAGCAAAUUUUAAGAAACGGGAAUGUGUCUUCUUUACCAAAGAUUCCAAGGCCACGGAAAACGUGUGCAAGUGUGGUUAUGCCGAGAGCCAGCACAUAGAGGGCACUGAAAUCAACCAGAACGAGAAGUGGAAUUACAAGAAGCACACCAAGGAGUUUCCCACCGACGCCUUUGGGGACAUUCAGUUUGAGAGUCUGGGGAAGAAGGGGAAGUACAUCCGCCUUUCUUGCGACACGGACGCCGAGACCCUGUACGAGCUGCUGACCCAGCACUGGCACCUGAAGACGCCCAACUUGGUCAUUUCAGUCACUGGCGGUGCCAAGAACUUCGCCCUGAAACCGCGCAUGCGCAAGAUCUUCAGCCGCCUCAUCUACAUCGCUCAGUCCAAAGGUGCGUGGAUACUCACUGGGGGGACCCACUAUGGUCUGAUGAAGAACAUCGGGGAGGUGGUGAGAGACAACACCAUCAGCAGGAAGUUGGAGGAGAACAUUGUGGCCAUUGGCAUCGCGGCCUGGGGCAUGGUCUCCAACAGGGACACCCUCAUCCGGAACUGUGACACUGAGGAGUACUUCUCAGCUCAGUACAUCAUGGACGACUUCAAGAGGGACCCUUUGUACAUCCUGGACAACAACCACACGCACCUGUUGCUGGUGGACAAUGGCUGCCACGGCCACCCUGCGGUGGAGGCGAAGCUCCGGAACCAGCUGGAGAAGUACAUCUCCGAGCGCACCAUCCAAGAUUCCAACUACGGUGGCAAGAUCCCCAUUGUGUGCUUUGCUCAAGGAGGUGGGAAAGAGACUUUGAAAGCCAUCAACACCUCUGUCAAGAGCAAGAUCCCUUGUGUGGUGGUGGAGGGCUCGGGGCAGAUAGCUGACGUGAUCGCCAGCCUGGUGGAGGUGGAGGACAUCCUGACCUCCUCCAUCAUCAAGGAGAAGCUGGUGCGCUUCUUGCCACGCACGGUGUCCCGGCAGCCUGAGGAGGAGACUGAGAACUGGAUCAAGUGGCUCAAAGAGAUUCUCGAAAGCUCUCACCUCCUAACAGUGAUUAAAAUGGAGGAAGCUGGGGACGAGAUUGUGAGCAACGCUAUUUCCUACGCUCUUUACAAAGCCUUCAGUACCAACGAGCAAGACAAAGACAACUGGAGCGGGCAGCUGAAGCUGCUGCUGGAGUGGAACCAGCUGGACCUGGCCAACGAUGAGAUUUUCACCAACGACCGGCGCUGGGAGUCGGCAGACCUCCAGGAGAUGAUGUUCAUGGCCCUCAUCAAGGACAGACCCAAGUUCGUCCGUCUCUUCCUGGAGAACGGCUUGAACCUGCGGCGCUUCCUCACCAACGACGUGCUCACCGAGCUCUUCUCCAACCACUUCAGCACUCUGGUCUACCGGAACCUGCAGAUUGCCAAGAACUCCUACAACGACACCCUCCUCACCUUCGUCUGGAAGCUGGUGGCUAACUUCCGCAGAGGCUUCCGGAAAGAAGACCGGAACAGCAGGGACGAGAUUGACAUAGAGCUGCAUGAUGUGUCUCCCAUCACCCGACACCCCCUGCAGGCUCUCUUCAUCUGGGCCAUUCUUCAGAACAAGAAGGAGCUCUCCAAAGUUAUCUGGGAGCAGACCAGAGGCUGCACCCUGGCGGCCCUGGGGGCCAGCAAGCUGCUGAAGACGCUGGCCAAGGUGAAGAAUGACAUCAAUGCAGCCGGAGAGUCGGAGGAGCUGGCCAAUGAGUAUGAGACACGUGCAGUGGAGCUGUUCACAGAGUGUUACAGCAAUGACGAGGACCUGGCAGAGCAGCUGCUGGUCUACUCUUGCGAAGCCUGGGGCGGCAGCAACUGCCUGGAGCUGGCGGUGGAGGCCACGGACCAGCACUUCAUCGCUCAGCCCGGGGUGCAGAAUUUCCUUUCCAAGCAGUGGUAUGGAGAGAUCUCUCGGGACACCAAGAACUGGAAGAUCAUCCUGUGUCUGUUCAUCAUCCCCUUGGUCGGCUGCGGCUUCGUGUCAUUCAGGAAGAAGCCGGUGGACAAGCACAAGAAGCUGCUGUGGCACUACGUGGCCUUCUUCACCUCGCCCUUCGUGGUCUUCUCCUGGAACGUGGUCUUCUACAUCGCCUUCCUGCUGCUCUUUGCAUACGUGCUGCUCAUGGACUUCCACGCCGUCCCGCACCCGCCCGAGCUGGCGCUGUACGUGCUGGUCUUCGUGCUGUUCUGCGACGAAGUGAGACAGUGGUACAUGAACGGUGUGAAUUACUUCACUGACCUGUGGAACGUCAUGGACACGCUUGGCCUGUUUUACUUCAUAGCGGGGAUCGUCUUCCGGCUCCACCCCUCCGACAAGACCUCUCUGUACUCGGGCCGGGUCAUCUUCUGCCUGGAUUACAUCAUCUUCACGCUGAGGCUGAUCCACAUCUUCACGGUCAGCAGGAACCUGGGCCCCAAGAUCAUCAUGCUGCAGAGGAUGCUGGUCGAUGUCUUUUUCUUCCUGUUCCUCUUCGCCGUGUGGAUGGUGGCCUUUGGUGUGGCCAGGCAGGGCAUCCUGCGGCAGAACGAGCACCGCUGGACCUGGAUCUUCCGCUCAGUCAUCUACGAGCCCUACCUGGCCAUGUUUGGCCAAGUGCCCAGUGAUGUGGACAGCACCACCUACGACUUCUCGCACUGCACCUUCACGGGGAACGAGUCAAAGCCGCUGUGUGUGGAGCUGGACGAGCACAACCUGCCGCGCUUCCCUGAGUGGAUCACCAUCCCCCUGGUGUGCAUCUACAUGCUGUCCACCAACAUCCUGCUGGUCAACCUGCUGGUCGCCAUGUUUGGCUACACCGUGGGCAUUGUGCAGGAGAACAACGACCAGGUCUGGAAGUUUCAGCGCUACUUCCUUGUGCAGGAGUACUGUAACCGCCUCAACAUCCCCUUCCCCUUCGUGGUCUUUGCCUACUUCUACAUGGUGGUGAAGAAGUGCUUCGAGUGCUGCUGGAAGCACAAGAACCUGGAGUCUUCUGCUUGCUGCUUCAGGAAUGAAGACAAGGAGACGCUGGCGUGGGAAGGGGUCAUGAAGGAGAACUACCUUGUCAAGAUCAACACCAAAGCCAAUGAUGCCUCAGAGGAAAUGAGGCAUCGGUUUAGACAGCUGGAUACAAAGGUAUAG